AUGAGGCCUUCGGUUCAUACCCAAGGCCCCUCCACCCGCACUGCUAAAUUGGCCUGCAGGGCCCCCUGGGCCCUACGAUCUAUGGGCCCCGCACCUCAGGCCCCGUGUGGCUGCAACCUCCAUCGAGCUUUCGGUACAAUACCGUCCUGGUCUAUACAUGCUCUUUUCCUCACUGGAUUGGAUUACUCAAAAAACUUUAAAAUUAUUUUGAGAAGUAUAAAGGUGCUCUCGAAAAAGGCACGGUAUAUGAGAAACACUGUUUACAGUUCUCGGUAA